AUGGACUUUGUUUCUGGGUUACCUAAGACCAGGAACAACCAUGAUGCCAUCUGGGUGAUAGUGGAUCGAUUAACCAAGGAUGCGCACUUUCUUCCGAUCAACAUGAAGUAUAAGUUGGAAAGACUCGCAGGGUUGUAUGUACGGGAAAUAGUCAAGCUGCAUGGAGUGCCAACUAGUGUGAUGUCAGAUAGAGAUCCGAGGUUUACCUCGAGUUAUCAUGCUAGCAUUGGAAUGACACUGUUUGAGGCCUUGUAUGGGCAGAGGUGCAAAACUCUGUUAUGUUGGUACGAAACCGAAGAGACGACUCUGUGUGUGCCGGAUAUGAUCCAAAGGCAGAAUGAGCCGAUCAGAAUGAUCAGAGAUAAGAUGAAGGCUGCCCAGGAUCGACAGAAGAGUUAUUAUGAUAAAAGGAGGAAGCCGUUUGAGUUCCAAAUGGCUGACCAUGUGUUUCUGAAGGUCUCACCUAUAACCAGAGUGGGGAGAGCUCUGAAGUCUUGGAAACUAUCUUCUAAGUUCAUUGGACCGUUCGAAGUGCUAAGUAGAAUUGGUCCUGCUGCAUACCAGAUUGCGUUGCCUCCGAACCUCUCGAAUCUACAUCUGGUAUUGCAUGUGUCACAACUUAGGCAAUAUGUGUCAGAUCCUUCCCAUGUGAUUGAUCUUGACCUGGUUCAAGUAAGAGAAGACUUGUCGUAUGAUGUGUAUCCGGUGAGGAUUGCAGAUCACCGUGUUAAGCAGCUGAGGGUCAAGGACAUCUCAUUGGUGAAGGGACGAAAUUCCUUAAAGACUAAGUGCCUAAAUGCAGGGCGUGAUACUGGGCUGUUCUCGCUGCAGCGAGAAGAUUCUUAA